CUCGUUUGUUGACUGUAACGGUCGAAGUGAACGAGAACACAGAUUAUGAGCGUUUUUUUCCCGCUGAAGUAAACAUUUGACAAGUCGUUCACAAGUUAUAUGUCUUCUUAACACUCUUACACUAAAAUUACGUUUUACAGACACACAAAUCAGGAGGAAAUUUACUUUGUUGGAGAGCUGUGGCUGUUCUCAGCGGGAACGUACUCUCGCGAGAUCUUCGGUAGUAGUAGUAGUAGAGCACAAAAAACAUCCAUAGCAACCGGAUUUAACUUUUCUGUGGCAACGAUGGACACUGAUGAACAACCUGAAUACAAGUAACUCACAACUUUAAGUUCAUGUAUCUAUCCAGAAGGGAUUUUCCUUUCCCGCUCUGCAAAAAUGCAAAGAUUGCUGCACCCCGGCCAAAUUUCAUUGUCCGUUUUGUCUACCAACUUUUUACAAACCCACAAAAUACUCUAAAGCUAUGAUUCAUUUGGAAAACCAUCUAAAGAGAGCCAUCUUCAUUGGAGAGUACACAAUCCACAAAUGUGCACUGGGGUGCAGGACACAGGCACAUUACCACUGUUUGUACUGCAGAGCCACGCUGAUGAAAAAUCAUUUCACCACUCAUCUCUCAUGGUGCCUCAAGAGCCAACAGGGGCGAGGCCAAAACUUGUCCAACAUGCAGGAGAGUGACGGCAACCGUGACAACAUAAUCAUCCUGAAUUCAGGUGAACGAGGUGAAGAAGCAAGCAGCAGCAGCAGCCAGUCAGUGGUUCCCAUCGCGAUGAUGAGUGCAGACCAAGGCUCUUCUAAAUGUGACCGAUCUGUACAGACAAAUUUUGAAAAGCCACAAGACUGUGAUGAAUUUUACUUCAUGAGCCUUGUGAAAUUGUUUAAAAAGUUGUCCCCUCAGAAAAAAGCAGACGUCAGGAUGAAAAUCGAGAGGCUCCUCUUUGAAGCUGAGUUUGAGUAGGAAAGGGUUCUCUCUCACACACACACACACACACACACACACACACGCACACACCAGAAUAGUACGUAUUUUGUUUAAAAAAUGUAUGAAGCACAUUUUAAGUAACCUCACAAGUCUUUCACUUGAGGACAAAUCAUGACAUUUUUUUGGACUGUAUCUUUUUGGUAACCCACUGCAUCUUCAGUGGAGGUGAAAUACUGGAUUGUUCACAAGCUCUGGUGAAACGUGACUAUUCACUUGUUGCCUUAUGGGGCUCAUUUCACAUGCAAGAAGUAAUUUUUGCAACACAACUUCAUGACAACUUAUCAUGCUAAAUUUUAAAAUAUGUCAUUAAGCAGAACAAAUGUUGUACUUGUGACCAGUGACCCAGUAAAACUUGCACAUUUGUCAAAUAACUGGACACUUUA